AUGGCUUCCCAGCACAACAACUCCUUUGAACCCCAGUCACCAGAAAGUGGCCUUGUAUUAGACAACAGGAACUUCAUUCCAAGCCAGGACACUUCUCUACAGUGGGAAGAAGAUAUCUGUAACUCCUCAACUGCUCAGCUCAACUUUCCCACAAAUGACAAUGGUUCCCGUGCAAAGCAUGAGCUGCAAGCAAUCUUGAAGUCAUUUACCUCCUGGUUGAAGCCAGAAAAGCAUAGCAAGGAGCAGAUGAUUUCUCAGCUGGUCUUGGCUCAGUUUCUCAAAACUGGGCACUACAAGGACAAGUCUAUCUUGAAAGAGAAGUGGGAAUCAAAUGGCAGAAACAUGGGGAGAUUCAUGGAGAGUCUGAAUGAUGAGUGCUUGAAGCCUCCCGUCAUGGUUCACGUCUCCAUGCAGGGGCAGGAAGCCCUCUUUUCUAAGAAUAUGUCCUUAGAAGAAACCAUCAACCUUCUGAAAGGGCAGCAAUCAGCAAGAAGUUCAAUACAAGAGAGUGCAAGGACACCCUUGCCAAUCCCCCAAGACAUGUUAUUGACAACAGGACAUGAAGACUGGGAAGAUGGCCAAAACAAUGGCUGGAGCACUAGUGAUGUACAUGAUGGGGAUAGUCAUCCUGGAAAUGAGAUUGACUCCCUUUCCCUUAUCCAACAAGUUCAGUUUAAUGAACCUAAAGACAGAAGAGUUUCUGAUGGAAAUCCUCUGGAUUUAAGCAGAACAAGUCAAGUCACCUCUAGGUACCAGGAAGAAAUUCAUAGAGGAACUUCUUCUGAAGAAGUCCCUAUGGAGGUACAACCAGAGAUGAUCUCCAGUCCAGAGCAGACAGAAGACUGCCAGAAUCAUGAUGCAAGCUCCACACGUGGGGGUCACCAAAAGAGACCCCUCAGAGACCCAAAGACAUACAAAUGUCAGGAAUGUCCCAGAACCUUUAAAUAUCCCAGUAGUACCGCCCACCAGAGAAUACACAAGAAGCAAAAGUCAUUUGUCUGUAAAACAUGUCAUAAGGGCUUCUAUACUCGCUCAGACCUGAGAGUACAUAAGGUCAUACACCAGGAAAAUAAACCUUUCGAAUGUAGUACAUGUGGAAAGUCUUUCAGCAAUCAAACCAAUCUGAAAGCUCAUGAGAGGAUUCACACAGGAGAGAAGCCCUACACCUGCUCCCUGUCCAACACUGUCAUUGUCACUGCAGAUGAAAUGAAAAUUGCAGUUCUGGAGGGAGAUGAGGUCACAGACUUCUAUCUCAGGUUUGACAUGACUCUCUUACAAGUGCUUCUUAAUCCUCAGUAUCUCUCCUAUGACCCUACCUUCCUACAGAUGAUGAAGCCUGGAUUUCUGCAGCAUCAGCAGAGUUCACACUCUGCAAUACAGCUCCUGAAGGCUCUCAGGGCCAUGCUCUGCUGCUUCCUGGUUAUGCACAAUUCCUCAAAGAAGAUUAGCUGGCCACUGGAACCUGUUAGAACCCUAGACAUAGACAGCAGCCAGCCCCAGGAGAUCACCUGGCAGACAGCAAGCUGUGCAUGCAGAAAGGGACAGAUUGCAGGCACCAUGGGAUGCCCGUCUGCUUGUGGGGACAAGGCCUGGGAGGCCAAGCCCGACAUUGCCUGUGCAGCAUCAGUCAAGGCCUCUCAGAAGCUAAGAGUGCUAUGUUCUAACAUGGGCAAACUCCCUCUUCCAGAACAUUUACUGGCAGCAUGA